UCCCUGCAAAGAAGGUCUCUGGUGGUAUGGAAUAAAAAGAGCGAGAGAGCACCCUGCCCUGCACAUUUUCAAUUUGCAGGAAGAAUAAGUAGACGCCUCUCUUUUCUACACCUCUGCAUAGUACUCUUCAAAUAUCCCCAGAGACACUGCUCAAUCUCUGCUGACGGACAGACAGCAGCACUGUCACUCCCCUCUCAGGCGAUAUCACUCCGGUCUGAAACAAACUGAGUCUAUCUGCCCACCUCUCAUCUGCUCCCUGUAUUUAGGGGGGAAAUAUUCAAAGGAUAAUGCAGGGGAUAAAUGAAUACAUAUUUUGAGGACCACACUUUUCAGAAAAGCUCAACUGCAUCAUCUUUUCACAACUCUUCUCCUCACACUGGAGUGUCACAACAGCAGUUUUACACCAUGACAACAUUUGACUUCUCGGAUAUAGAGGCGUUUCUGGACCUUCAUCCGGAUCUUUUCGAGGAGUAUCUCGUUCGAAAGGCGAAAUGUGAUCAGGUAAGCAGAUGGCUAAAGGAGCAUCCUCCGUCCAAAGUUUCCACAGCGGAGGAGAAGCGUGGCGCAGCCAGGGAUCCGCUUUGGCCGACCAACCCGGACGGGCUCCGGCGCAGAUCGUCUCACAUGGAGCUGCGACGGAACUUUGCCCGCUCCAAAGCCACCACCGCACACCGGACCUACGACGAGCAUGUGAGCCUGAGCGAACACGAGUCCCAGUCCAGUAUGAGGCGUCGUGCGCUCCUGCGUAAAGCCAGCUCCCUUCCUCCGACCACCGCGCACAUCCUGAGCGCACUGCUGGAGUCUAGGGUCAACGUGCCCCAGUACGCGUCCAGCGCCAUCGACUAUAAGUACAGACUUAAAGAAACUAACGAAAGAGAGUUUUUCCUGGAAUUAGUGAAGGAUAUUUCCAAUGAUUUAGACCUGACAAAUCUCAGUUACAAGAUCCUGAUAAAUGUGUGUAUCCUGGUGGACGCAGACAGGUGUUCACUAUUUCUUGUGGAGGGACCCGCGCACAAGAGGACUCUGGUGUCCAAAUUCUUUGAUGUGCAUUCGGGCACCACUGUCAGACCAUCUUCGAGCACUUUGAACUCUAAUGAGGUGCAGGUUCCAUGGGGGAAAGGCAUUAUUGGAUAUGUGGCAGAGCAUGGGGAAACUGUAAACAUCCCAAACGCUUAUGAGGAUCAUCGCUUCAGUGAUGAGAUCGACAAGUUAACAGGCUACAAGACUCAGUCCAUCCUCUGCAUGGCAAUCUGUAACAGUGAUGGAGAAGUUGUUGGUGUUGUUCAAGCAAUCAACAAGAAUCCCAUGGGCACACCCUUCACCGAGGAUGAUGAAAAGGUCCUGCAGAUGUAUUUACCAUUCUGUGGAAUAUCUAUUUCCAACGCCAAGCUCUUUUCAGAGUCUCGCAAGGAGUAUGAAAGGAGUAGGACUCUACUGGAGGUGGUCAAUGACCUGUUUGAAGAGCAGACUGAUCUGGAGAAGAUUGUGAGGAAGAUCAUGCAGAGAGCCCUGACACUCCUGCAGUGUGAACGAUGCUCUGUGCUUCUCCUUGAAGACAUCGACUCACCGGUUGUAAAGUUCUCCAAGACGUUUGAGCUCAUGUCCCCCUUGUGCAACAUGGACCGUGACAUCGGCAUGGAGAAGCUAUCGUGUUCCGAUUGGCUGAUCAAUAACAGCAUUGCUGAGCUGGUGGCUUCCACAGGACUGCCUGUUAACAUCAGUGAUGUGUGUCAGGACCCACGCUUUGAUGCUGAGGCAGAUCAAGCCUCUGGUUUUCACAUCAGAUCAGUGUUAUGCGUCCCUAUCUGGAAUCGAACUCACCAGAUCAUUGGUGUUGCACAAAUUCUGAAUCGCCUAGACAGGAAGACCUUCAGUGAUGCAGAUCAGAGACUGUUUGAGGCAUUUGUGAUAUUCUGUGGACUGGGAAUUAACAACACCAUGAUGUACAAUCAAGUUAAGAAGACUUGGGCCAAGCAGUCGGUAGCACUGGAUAUGUUGUCCUACCAUGGCACCUGCUCCAAAGUGGAAGUUGACAGACUCAAGGCUGCUAAGAUCCCCCUGAGCGGUGAGCUAGGCAUCGAUGAGUUUCACUUCAAUGACUUCUCUUUGGACAAUGACGCCAUGAUCACUGCAUCACUUCGGAUGUUUCUGGAACUUGGAGUUGUCCAAAAGUUUAAAAUUGACUAUGAGGUUUUGUGCCGCUGGCUUCUGACUGUAAGGAAGAACUACCGGACAGUGGCCUAUCAUAACUGGAGGCAUGCUUUCAAUGUGUCACAGUGCAUGUUUGUGAUGAUUACAACAGCCAGUUUUCAGGAAGCCCUGUCAGAAGCAGAGAUACUGGCACUGAUGGUCGGCUGUCUAUGUCAUGACUUGGACCACAGAGGCACCAACAAUGCAUUUCAAGCAAAGACAGGUUCUGCUCUGGCUCUUCUCUACGGGACAUCAGCCACCUUGGAGCAUCAUCACUUCAACCAUGCAGUCAUGAUCCUGCAAAGUGAGGGUCACAAUAUAUUUGCAAACCUUUGCUCUAAGGAGUAUAGCAACAUGAUGCAACUAUUGAAGCAGGCUAUCCUCUCCACAGACCUUACUUUGCACUUUGAGCGCAGAAGCAAGUUCUUUGAGUGUGUUCUCUCUGGAGAAUUCAGCUGGACAGAUGAAGGACACAGAGAAGUUCUCAGGUCUAUGCUGAUGACAGCAUGCGAUCUGGGUGCAGUCACCCGUCCUUGGGAGAUUUCCAAACAGGUUGCAGAGCUGGUGACAAGUGAAUUCUUUGAACAAGGUGACAGAGAAAGAUCUGAGCUCAAGUUGACCCCAGCAGCCAUAUUUGACCGCAACCGAAAAGACGAACUGCCUGCUCUACAGAUGGAGUGGAUAGAUGGCAUAUGCAAACCCCUUUACCAGGCACUGUUGAAGCUGAACAGGAAGUUGGAGCCAAUGGUUGAUGGGAUUGAUGCCAAUAGAAACAAAUGGCAGGCUCUCUGUUCGUCCUAUCAGGAAACACGCAGAGCCUCAGUGUCUCUCCUCUGUUCUGAAUCAGAUCAGACUUCUGAGCUCCACAAAGACAUGCAACCUAAUGAACUACAAGACUCCACAGGUACUAUGUUACCUGUUGUAAACAUAAAGUGUGGGUCAAAGUCCCAAUGCAGUCAGGAUCAGAGGUGCAGAAUGAACAAAGCCUCCUGUGAAGAUGAACCAGUACCAGCUGUCGGCACAUCGUCUGCAGGACAGAAUUAAAGUGAGCUAAAUCUUUAGAGGUUUAUCUAAUGAAUGGCUCAUGAGGGAUUCUUCUCAUCCUUGUGGUUUUCUAACAAAUGCACUAC